GUCCAAGUUGAGUCAGUGCUUAAUGGUCCACUUCACCGAGCUGGGGGCGCGGUGCCAGGAGCAGAAGGCCGCGGGGCUGGGCCUUCCAGCAACCGGGGAGGGUAUAAGUAAGCGGUGGCCCCUGAGAUAAAGUAGGAAACCUGGAAAACGAACCUCAGGAGCAGCUCUGGACUCGCUGCCGACGGGCAGCAGGCCUGUGGAAGUCCCAUCAAGGGACCGGGAGGUGGAGGAGGCCAGCCCUGCUGGCUGGAGAUAGGCAGCGCUGGGAGCUGGACCCCCUGGACCAUCUUGGCUCCCCGGUCAGGCACAUGCAAGAGGACAGACCCCAGAAAGACUCUGCUUUCACACACCCGCAGCCGCCAUCCAGUUUAAGCUAGGGGGUUUAGAGACCUGAAACAUCAAUAGCUUCUGGGCGGUCCUGAGGAUUCAAGAGGUGACCUCUGUCCCUGCUGGAAGGUGGGCUCAGGAUGUCACCGCCCUCGCUGUUCCCAAGGGACUCCUGAAGUGGGUCUGACUUCCGCCAGGUGCUCUUGUGGUGGCUCCUCGUCCCCAGACACUUCCCUGACCCUCCGUGACGCUCCCUAUUCCGUCUCGAAUGCUCACAGAGCUCUUGGUUUGUUCCAGGUGGGAACGUUGAGGCACAGAGAGGUGAAGCAACUUGCUCACCAGGGAGCGACAGACGGGGGUUCAGGCCCAGGUGACGAGGUUUGGAGGCUGCUAUGUUAAUGCUGCUUGUCUUUGGAGCGUUACUGCAUGAAGUCUCUCUGAGAGGUCAAGAUGGGGCUGCCGCCGAGACCCACCGGGCGCCGGGUGAGCCCCUGUUCGACUACGCCAGCCUCCGCCUGCACCAGGAGCACAUUCCCCGCUUCUUGCACAACAACAGGCACAUCGCCACCCUCUGCAAGAAGGACGCACACUGCCCAUAUAAGGAGCACUUGGAAAACCUGAACUACUGCUGGGGCUACGAGAAGUCCUGCCAGCCAGGCUUCAGGUUUGGUUACCCCGUGUGCAGCCUGGGAUGGAUGGACAGCGUGGAGGCGGCCCAGGACUUGUUCUGGAAGCAGGCCGACUUCGGGUUUGCCAGGGAGCGGCUGGAGGAGGUGCGCGUGCUGUGCCGGCCCGAGAGCACGAGCGACUCCAGUCUGAUGUGCUCUCGUUACCUUCAAUACUGCAGAGCAACCAACCUCUACCUUGACUUCAGAAGCAUCAAGAGAGAUGAGGAAAGAUUCAAAGAAGAUUUUUUCCGGAAAGGUGAAAUUGGAGGACACUGUGAACUUGACUCGCACUUGUUGUUGUCUGAAGGUCAACGCAAAAGCCCUCUGCAGUCUUGGUUUGCUGAGCUACGAACCUAUACUCAGCUCAACUUCAGACCCAUAGAAGAUGGUAAAUGUGACAUUGUCAUUGAAAAACCCACGUAUUUCAUGAAAUUAGAUGCAGGUAUCAACAUGUACCACCACUUCUGCGACUUCGUCAAUCUCUACAUCACCCAGCACGUGAACAACUCCUUCAGCACGGACGUGUACAUCGUGAUGUGGGACACUAGCUCCUCUGGAUACAGGGACCUGUUCUCCGAGACCUGGAAGGCCUUCACGGACUACGACGUCAUACACUUGAAGACCUACGACUCCAAAAGGGUGUGCUUCAGGGACGCCGUGUUCUCGCUGCUGCCCCGCAUGCAGUACGGGCUCUUCUACAACACCCCGCUGAUCUCCGGCUGCCAGCACACGGGGCUGUUCAGGGCCUUCUCCCAGCACCUGCUCCACAGACUGCACAUCCGGCAAGAGGGCCCCCAGGACGGAAAGCUUCGAGUCACCAUUCUCUCCCGGAGCACAGGGUAUCGCAAAAUACUGAACCAAGACGAGGUUAGUUUUCCACGAGCUCGCUUCAUAUCCUCCCACGGAAUUCACCGCCUGACCCGUGGCCGGCGUGUUUCCACAUCGCUUGAGAAUCUUCAGUUUGACACUCUGCUGUCAGGGUUUUGGACAUCUUGACGGCCUGUCCAGGUUUGGUUGCUGGACUUGACUGGUGGGUGGAAGUCCCCACACCACCCUCUGCCCGAGCCAGCUUGCCGUGCUGCGAGUGUCCCUGAGCCCUGGCUGAGCCAGGAGGGCGGCAGAGCUGGAGUCCUGCUGCCACACCACGGCUGCAGUGGCAGCUCUCGCCCUCCAGGAGAGCCAGGGGCAGUUGGCAGGGCGUCUCUGGGAGAUGGUUGGUGGCGUGUGGCAGUACUGUGGCCCUGGCAGCAGAUACAGGUGCAGAGUCUCCAUCCACUUCUGGGACAGUCUUAGGAAUGGCUCGCCUCUUGGCAUCCCAGUCCCUUUCCACAGCUCAGGUCACGAAACUGUCUUUCUCCUCAGUGAGGUGGCCGAGUCAGGCCCAUGGAGCUGCGGGCCCCGAGGGUAGCCAAGGGUAGCCCCCAGAGUGCAGCGUGGGCCACGGAAGCCUGUGGAGGGCUGGAGGCAGCUCAGGGCAGGCCUGGGUUCCGUCCCAGCACACACAGGAGACCCGCUGAGCAGCUGCUGUGAGCCAGGCUUUGAGAAUAUAGGGAGGGUCCCUGCCCCGUGGAGUUGGAGAGACAGAUGAGGGGCAGGCAGGUCAGCCCGUGGGGGGACCGCAGGAGCCGGAGUGUGUGCAGGAAGCUCUCCAGGUGCUGGGUGGAGACCGGGAGGUGUAAAGGGAAACGUGGAGAGGGGCCGCCAUGAGGAGCCUUCAUCAGAGUGGAGUCCAGCCAGGGAAAGCCUCCAGGCAGAGGUGGGGUGCUGUGGUGGAACAGGCUCCUGUUGUUCUGGAAAUGGGGACAACCUAACGUGGCUGCAGCAUCUCCAGGGAGCUGGGGAUGUCAGAGGAGCGGGGUGUGGUGCGGCCUGUGGACCAAGGUCAGGACCUGGACUUUGUUCCAGUGUGAGUUGAGAGCCCUGAGCAGGGUGUGGUGGGCAGGAUAACUUCCCCUGUCCCUCCGCCUUGUCCUCAGCCCUGGGUCCUAUGAAUAGGGCGGGUGACAUGGUGAGGGCCAUUGCAGCAACAGGUGGACUCAGCGUCCCUGUGCUGCCUUAGAAUAGGAAGGCCACCUGGAUCCCUCACUGGGCAGCUAUCCCAGAUGGCCGGGAACUCUGUCCACCGUCCACCACAACCUCUGCCCCUGCCCCGGGAGCUCUUCCCUUGGCUAGGUUCACAUCUCAGCUUAUCUUUCCUUGCAGGGCAAGAGGAGGGAGAAGGCGAGGGAGGGGAGGAGGAUCAGGGAGGCUCAGGGUGCUGGCUGUGAAGGUGGGGGAAGGGCCUAAGCCUCAGCCGUGGAAGGUUCCAGGCGCUGGGGAGGGGCGUCUCCCAUAGGCACGCAGCCCCGCCAGCACCCUGCCUUAGCCCCGCGACACCCUUGUUGGGUGCGGAAGGAUGCACUGUGCUGUUGAAGCUGCUGGAUUCCUAGUGACUUCUUGCAGCCCUGUGUUGAAGACAAACACACCCCAGAGACACGGUGGCUUACGUACCCGCCAGUCACUCUGGCUGCGGGAGAGUGUGCGCGGGAGCUGGAUGGCAGCCGCAGCCCAGGGAGGGAGGGUGAAGCAGAUGAGGAUGGUGGGCCGCGGGGGUGAGUUCCAGAGCCAGGCCCAGGGUGCUGGAGAGGUGUGGAGAACCGAGUGUGCCCCCAGGCUCCCAGCUUGAGCAGGUGAGUGGGACUGAAGCAGAAGAGAUUUGGGAAGACCAGGGGGGGCAGACUUUGAUGGAUAAAGUAUUGACACGGGUCAAUCUGAUGUGAGCAGUACGUUCCUGGGGGUCCAGGAGGAGCAAGUGUGUGAGGGGCUGCGGUUCUCGGUCACUGCCUGUGGCUUUCCGUAGCAGCAGAGUGGCACGCGCUGGCUAAGAGCACGGGUUCCGGGGGCAGAAGUCCCAGACUUGAGUUUGGCCCUGCGUUUGCCAGCCGGGAGAGCCUGAGGAAGUUAACUCUCAUUUGUAAAUGGGCUUCGUCUUCAUGGUAUUUACUGAUUUUUUUCUUUCCUUUUUUUUUUUUUUUUUGGUGCUGGGAAUUGAAGCCAGGGGUUCUUUACUACUGAGCUAUAUCCCCACUUAGUUACUACAUCCCUCACUUAGUUACUUAGCCUGACCUUGAACUUGGGAUCCUCCUGUCUCAGCCUCUCAAAUUGCUGGGAUUACAGGCAUGCACUCCUGUGCUGUGCUAGGCUUUGGUGUGAUUUUUUUUUUUUUUUGUGAGAAUUAAGUAAAAUGACUUAAAGUACUUACAAAUGCCUGCAUAGCUGCGUGGGGUGGCACAUGUCUAUAAUCUCAGUGACUUAGGAGGCUGAGGCAGGAGGAUCGUGAUUUCAAGGCCAAUCUCAGCAACUUGGGGAAAC